AGCAGGAAUUAAAUUAGUGUCACACUGAACGGAAGAGGUUUUCUCAUGGUCAUGAAAAAACAUUGAAGUCACAUUGAAGACGAAAAUCCCGGUCACAGUGAUAUUAGGACCAGUGAAGGGUCAACAGACUCCUGAUGACUUUAUUUGGAUGACCGCUAACGAUGUUUACUUCAAAGGUUGUCCCUCGACUUACUUUAUUACGUAGAGCAACUUGUACACUUCAACCCCACGGAGAAGUUUUGAAUGGAUGCGUACAACCAGUCAUUCCUGCUUACUGCUCUUUACUGAAACAGAAACUCAGAAACUAUUCAACAGCAGCAGACAACAGAUCUCCACCUCGAUGGGUCCAACUCGAACCGGAGUUGGAAGACGCUCUUGUGCCGCGUAAACUGUCAGUAAGUCCUUUGGAGAGCUGGCUCUCCCUGCGCUACUCACUUCCACCCCAGCUGGAGGCUCCUCAGCCCCAGGAGGAAGUGGAGCUUCUGGAGGAGAAGGUCCUGCCACCCAUCUCUGUCCCCGUUUUGGAGGAUGGGGAGAGUUCGGUAACACCCCUUAGUUGUAAGAAUGUUCUGGAGAUCCGACGAAGGAAGAUGAACCGGCAUAAAUACAAGAAGCUGCAAAAACGGACUAAAUUCCUGAGGAGGAGAGUGAUGGAGGGCAGGGGCAAGAAGAAGCAGAAACGAUUUGAGGAGGACCUGAAGAGGAUUUGGACCCGAGCUGGCCUGAAGAAGGCUCCAGAGGGAUGGAGCGCGCCUAAGAUCUUCAUUAAACAACAUGGAAACAAAAGGGACUGAGAAACACUGAGUGUGUGUGUGUGUGUCUCAUAUCUUUCACACUGGACCACACUUCACACAUACUGCAGUUAAGCCCGACAAGUCUGCUUCGCAGCUUAACUGAAGCAUGUUUUAAUGAUGAGGACAUAUUCCCUAUGUGUGUACAAUUAAUUUUUAACAACGUGUACAUAAUCUAAUAAAGAUCUGUCUCUGUCAAGCCCGA